CCAGUCUUUUCCCGUCAGCAUCUGCAGUACUAGUGUACUACGCCAUUUCCUUCCCAAAGAAAGUAUCUAGACCAUUACCCUCAGCGCUCUCCUUUCGCUCGAGCUUGCAGUGAAGGGUCCCGGGGAUGGAGGGCGCUAUCCCCCAUCCCCCCAACGCAAGGAUUGCGGUGGUCACCGGCGGGAACAGAGGGAUCGGGCUGGAGGUGUGCCGGCAGCUCGCCGGCGCCGGCGUCACCGUCGUCUUGACGGCGAGGGACGAGACGAGGGGCGCGGCCGCCGUGGAGAAGCUCGGAGAAGCAGGGCUCUCCGGUGUCAUUUUCCAUCAGCUGGAGAUCACUGACGCUCGGAGCAUCGCUCGGUUGGCUGGUUUCUUGAAGGCUCGUUUUGGGAAGCUAGACAUCCUGGUAAAUAAUGCUGCAGUCAGUGGUGUUGAGUACCUCCUAGAUCCUUUUGAUAGUUCACUGAACAACGAGGAAAAGUUCAGUAGCAUGGAUAAGGGUCAGCGGAUUGAGUGGCUUUGCAAUGGUGUCCGGGGGACCUACGACGCUGCCAGAGAAGGCGUGGAGACAAACUACUACGGCACCAAGCAUGUCAUCGAAGCCUUACUGCCGCUGCUGCAAGCUUCCUCCGAUGGGAGAAUCGUUAAUGUCUCCUCCGAAUGGGGGCUGCUAAGGCUAAUCAACAACGAGGAGCUGAAGCAGGAGCUGAACGACGUCGAGAAGCUCACCGAGGAGAGGCUGGACGAGGUGCUGGACACGUUCCUGAACGACUUCAAGGCCGGCGAGCUGGGGGCGCGCGGGUGGCCGGAGCAUUUCUCGGCGUACAAGGUGUCCAAGGUGACCAUGAACGCCUACUCGAGGAUCCUAGCGAGGAGGCACCCCGAGCUGCGCGUCAACUGCGCGCAUCCCGGCUACGUGAGCACCGACAUGACCAUCCACUCCGGGCCCCUGACGCCCGAGGAAGGCGCGGCCAACGUGGUGAAGGUGGCGCUGCUGCCAGAAGCCGGGCCAAGUGUACUACUCUCUGUGGUUGUGUACUUUGGUAGGGUUGCUGUGGUCACCGGCGGGAACAAAGGGAUCGGGCUGGAGGUGUGCAGGCAGCUGGCCAGCAAUGGCGUCACCGUCAUCUUAACAGCCAGGGACGAGGCGAGGGGCGCCGCCGCCGUGGAGCAGCUCACAGCAGCAGCAGGGCUCCCCGAUGUCAUCUUCCAUCAGCUGGAGGUCACCGAUGCUCGGAGCAUUGCUCGACUGGCUGGCUUCUUGAAGGAACGUUUCGGGAAGCUAGACAUCCUGGUAAGUCAUGAAAUUCACUGUCUCUAUUAGGUAAAUAAUGCCGCUAUCGGCGGGGUUCAGAGGCUUCCCGUCCAAGAUCUGAGCGCCGAAAAGUUCAGUGGCAUGGAUGCGAGGCAGAGGGCUGAAUGGAUGUGGAAAAAUUGCCGGGAGACGUGCGACGCUGCGAAGGCAGGGAUCCAGACAAACUACUACGGCACAAAGAACGUCACCGAAGCACUGCUGCCUCUGCUGCAAGCCUCCUCCGAUGGAAGGAUCGUCAAUGUCUCCUCCGACUUCGGGCUGCUAAGUCAUUUCAUCAACGAGGAGCUGAAGCAGGAGCUGAACGAUGUUGAGAAGCUCACCGAGGAGAGGCUGGACGAGGUGCUGGCCAUGUUCCUGAACGACUUCGAGGCCGGCGAGGUGGAGGCGCGCGGGUGGCCGUCGGCGUUCGCGGCGUACAAGGUGGCCAAGGCGGCCAUGAACGCCUACUCGAGGGUCCUGGCGAGGCGGCACCCCGCGCUGCGCGUCAACUGCGCGCAUCCCGGCUACGUGAAGACCGACAUGACCAGGCACUCGGGCCUGCUGACGCCCGAGGAGGGCGCGAGCAACGUGGUGAAGGUGGCGCUGCUCCCGGAAGGUGGGCCGACCGGCGCGUUCUUCGCGUUGGGCCAGGAGGCGCCGUUCGUGUGACGAGCUACCUCAUAU